AUGAAUGCCGUGGUGAGGUCUCGGCAAGCCACUUUACGUAGCAAGACUAAUAGCCCCUCUUCUUUCCAACCACCAGAAAUCGCACCUACGAAUGGCUUCCAAAGACUUCCACCCCAACGUCACAGGAAACGAUCACGACAACAAAAACAACAAUACCAAAAUCAAGACAGAUGUGAUGUGAUUCUGAGGUACACGGCCUAUGUCUUGCUCUUUCUUAUUUUGGUUGCAGCUUGGCUCGUUGGAUUUCUGUUAGUUGGGGGCUCUUCUUCGAGCUUGUUGGAAAAGAAAAAACUGCGAAGCCGAAUACUGCAUUCGAAUUUGGGUUCCUUAUUUCAUCCUGAACCACCAAGACCAGCAGGUCCACCCGUGCAGAGAUAUUACUUUGGAAAGACCAGGCCUCAUGAGAGACCAGAACCAAAGUAUCUUGUGAAUGACGAAGAGCAUCCCUUCAUUGAUAUGCGAGACUUGAACUUGAAACUGCCAUUUGACAAUCCAGACGGUGGGACCUGGUCGCAAGGGUGGGAUUUGGAGCCAGUGUCGAUUUCCGAGAAUCGACCCUUGCAGGUAUUUGUAGUUCCACAUUCGCACUGUGAUCCAGGUUGGCUAAAAACAUUUGACGAAUACUACCAGUCUCAAACCAAACACAUUCUCGAUACAAUCAUGGAAUCCCUUCAGCAAGACCAGAGACGCAAGUUCAUUUGGGCUGAGAUUUCCUUCUUUGAAAAGUGGUGGAACGAGCAAUCUGCUGAUAUACAGGAUACUGUAAGAAUGCUUCUCCGCAAUAAACAAUUCGAGUUUGUUACUGGUGGAUGGGUUCAACCAGACGAGGCAAACACCGACUUAUAUGCCAUGGAGGUUCAAUUGCAAGAAGGACAUGAUUUCAUUCGGGAGACUUUUGGCGAAGAAUACAUUCCAAAGUAUGGCUGGUCAAUCGAUCCGUUCGGAUUCUCUCCUACCAUGGCGUACUUGCUAAAGAAGUACGGAUUCAAGGGGAUGCUGAUUCAACGGGUACACUAUGCAGUGAAGAAGGAACUGGCGUUGCACCGUCAGCUUGAAUUUUUGUGGCGCCAGACGUGGGACGAUGAAGGGGAGUAUGAUAUGUUUACUCAUAUGAUGCCAUUUUUCAGCUACGAUGUCCCGCAUUCGUGUGGUCCAGAUCCAGAAGUCUGCUGUGCUUUUGAUUUCGCACGCUUGCCCGAGCUGAAUCGAGAUAAGUACAAGCCACGAAAAUGUGCUUGGGGAACACAGCCAGAGGUAAUUACAGAAGCCAACGUGAAAGAAAAGGCACUGUCACUGCUAGAUCAGUAUCGGAAGAAGGCGUCUCUGUUCCGAUCAACUGCUAUCAUUGCGCCUCUCGGUGACGACUUUCGAUUUGACACCACGGCAGAAGCCCAAGCGCAGUUUGAAAACCUACAGCAUAUUUUUGAUUACCUGAACGAAAACUUUCCAGGCGUCUCAGUUCAGUUUGGCACUUUGUCGGAAUACUUUGACGUAGUCAUUGGUACCUUUGAUCCUCCCAUACUCAAGGGAUCAUUCUUUACGUACGCAGAUCAGAACGAGGACUACUGGUCAGGGUACUUUACGAGCCGUCCUUUUGACAAAGCUCUGGGUCGCCGGCUGGAACGGGCACUGUAUGCCGCUAGUGCAAUGGGCGCAACCAAGGAGGAGAUGCGAGACGCUCGUCGAGCAAUGUCUCUGUUUCAGCAUCACGAUGCCAUCACGGGGACGGCAACGGACAAGGUGAUGGAAGACUACGCGACACGAAUGCAAAAGGCAUUAAAGGAUGUAGAGCAGUGGAUGAUGAAUCACAUCGAUCUCGAAGAGCUGGGACACCGGAAUAAUCUAUCUCCAUGCAAUCACUACCAUGACACUAGAUCUCCGAGUUCCAGCACUUGUCAAGACGGCGACCGAGUUGUCGUGUACAAUCCUCUUGACAAGCAACAACGAUGUGGAAACGUCAUCGUCGAAGCAAAAGAGUCUAGUGCUGCAACCUAUCCAUGUGAGGCAUCAGGUUCAUCCGAAGGAUCCAAUACUGAAUUCGAAUUUGAUCCACGAACAGGUCUCAUGAUCAAACCCUUGAACGAGCGAUGGAUGAUAUGGAAUGUCGAGAAGGGUGGAUCGUAUCUCUUCUUUCCCGAGCGAUCAUCGGCAUACCACAGGAUUGAUACGAGGAUCGAGAAUGGAGGGUUUGUGGUAACCACCAACGAUUGGAAUAGAACGAUAAUAGAGAGGAACUGCCAGACUUUUGAUGGAAAAGAUGCAACUGUUAUUGAUUUUGUGUUCGAGACGAAUCUUUCGAAAGACAACCAAGAAUGGCUUGUUCGUUUCUCGACGGACAUUGAGAACAAGGGGAUCUUCCAUACAGAUUUGAAUGGCUUUACUUUCGACACUCAUUAUCAUCGAACAGAUUUGCCGGUUCAGGCUCAAGUGUACCCAAUGCCAAUGCUGGCUUCCAUUGAAGAUUACAAGCAGAGGUUUACGGUUCUGAGCGAACAUGCACAAGGUGCAGCGUCUUUGAAAGAAGGAACGAUAGAUGUGUGGCUGGAUCGACGACUUAAACAAGAUGAUGGACGUGGAUUAGGGCAAGGGGUAACGGAUAAUUUACCAACAAGAACAAGGCUGCGGGUCGUUAUUGAAAGGAGUGGAUAUGUAGUGAAUAACCCAGACUUCUCCAUUUCACAAUUUUGCAAAGAAAAGAAAAUACCAUUUGUUGUAGCUAGCGAAGGGGGCAAAGGUCUUCGUGAAGUCCAGUUUGCUCACAUGUUCAGACUUUAG